GGUUCAUCGCAAGUAGAUACGCCUCUGCGCGCAACCGCAGUCCUAUAGAGACAAGCCGGAAUUAAGUAAACUUGCGUCGCCUUACGAGAUCAUUUCAGUGCAGCACCGCGAAACCUGUGGCUAAUAUUAAACCGUGAAGGCAUAAGGAUGGCUCAGAAGAUCCAGGCGGGCUCUGUGGUGGAGAUGCAGGGGGAUGAGAUGACCAGAGUGAUCUGGGAGCUUAUUAAGGAAAAACUCAUCUUCCCCUAUUUGGAAAUAGAUCUUCACAGCUAUGACCUGGGCAUGGAGAACCGCGACGCCACGGACGACCGGGUGACGGUGGACGCGGCCGAGGCGGUGCGGCGCCACAGCGUGGGCAUAAAGUGCGCCACCAUCACGCCCGACGAGAAGCGCGUGGAGGAGUUCGGGCUGAAGCAGAUGUGGAAGUCGCCCAACGGCACCAUCCGCAACAUCCUGGGCGGGACGGUGUUCCGCGAGGCCAUCAUCUGCAAGAACAUCCCCCGCCUGGUGCCCGGGUGGCUAAAGCCCAUCAUCAUCGGCAGACACGCCCACGGGGACCAGUACAAAGCCACGGAUUUCGUGGUGCCGGGUCCGGGGCGCGUGGAGAUGAAGUACACCCCCAAGGACGGGAAGCCCACCACGUUCGUCGUCCACGACUUUGAGGGCACUGGGGGCGUGGCUCUGGGGAUGUACAACACGGACAAGUCCAUCCGCGAAUUCGCCCACAGCUCCUUCCAGAUGGGCCUGACCAAGGGCUGGCCCCUCUACCUCAGCACCAAGAACACCAUCCUCAAGAAGUACGACGGCCGCUUCAAGGACAUCUUCCAGGAGAUCUACGAGAAGGAGUACAAGGCCCAGUUCGAGGCUAAGGGCAUCUGGUACGAGCACCGGCUCAUCGACGACAUGGUGGCCCAGGCCAUGAAGUCGGAGGGCGGCUUCAUCUGGGCCUGCAAGAACUACGACGGGGACGUGCAGUCCGACUCCGUGGCUCAGGGCUACGGCUCCUUGGGCAUGAUGACCAGCGUUCUGAUUUGCCCUGAUGGCCGCACGGUGGAGGCAGAGGCCGCCCACGGCACAGUGACGCGGCACUACCGCCAACACCAGCAGGGCAAGGAGACCUCCACCAACCCCAUCGCCUCCAUCUUUGCGUGGACCCGCGGGCUGGCCCACCGGGCGAAGCUGGACGGCAACGCCGAGCUGAGCGUCUUCGCCGAGUCGCUGGAGGCCGUCUGCAUCGAGACCAUCGAGGCCGGCUUCAUGACCAAGGACCUGGCUGCCUGCAUCAAGGGGCUGCCCAACGUCCAGCGCUCCGAUUACCUGAACACCUUCGAGUUCCUGGACAAGCUGGCAGAGAACCUGAACACCAAGCUGUCGAGCCAGUCCAAACUGUGAACAUGACUCGCUCGCACAAAGCGCACACACACACACACACACUUCCGAUUCCGAGCCCAACGUUGGACCAAAUCAGACCAGCUCGUUUCUCCGUCCAGAGUGGCCUCCCCAGCGGGACCCCUCCCUGGGCACGGUGGCCCCGCCCCCUACCCCCGCCUUGGUCAGGUCGUUUACGGUGCUGCUGACCGCUGCGAUCCCAAACCGCUGCACCUCCUCCUGGCUGCAGGAGGCGCUCUACCACCCACCCGAACAGCAAAGGGAGCGGGUGAGCACCUCCUUUCUCCCCCGGAGUUGCGCCUCCUUUCUCCCCUGGUGUUGCCUUAACACGUAGCUAUGUGCACUCGUCCGUUAAACCCAUUUCCUGUGUCUCACACCCUGCCCCUCCCACCAAGUUUGUCCAAUGAUCACGUACCAGUCUCUGGUUGCCAGGUGCUGAGUAAAGCAUUAAGUACUACUGACGUCCUCCCCUGCACACAACGGGCAUUAGCUGAAGCCACUCAGAUGUUUGUGUUACUGCAAUAAAGGAUGUGGGGCAGAUUCUGAUUUGUGUUCAGUCCAUGUGUCAAUGAACUAGUGAAUAAAAAGAGGGUUUUUGGAGAAAA